AUGUACAAUUUCACCCAAGAAAUUUUAGAAAAAGAAACGCUGAUAAGUCUACUGAAUAUAGAAAAGGUUAACAAUAUGGCCAAAGCACCAGCGGUAGGUAUCGAUUUGGGCACGACCUACUCGUGCGUGGGCGUGUUCCAGCACGGGAAGGUGGAGAUCAUCGCAAACGACCAGGGCAACAGGACCACGCCCUCGUACGUCGCUUUCACCGACACGGAGCGUCUCAUCGGAGAUGCCGCCAAGAACCAGGUGGCGAUGAACCCCAACAACACCAUUUUCGAUGCUAAGCGACUAAUUGGCCGCAAAUUCGAAGAUGCCACCGUGCAAGCCGACAUGAAACACUGGCCUUUCGAGGUUGUCAGUGAUGGAGGCAAGCCAAAGAUUAAGGUAUCAUACAAAGGUGAAGAUAAGACCUUCUUCCCUGAGGAAGUCAGCUCUAUGGUCCUUACAAAGAUGAAGGAAACAGCCGAGGCCUACCUCGGCAAAACGGUGCAAAAUGCAGUCAUCACGGUUCCAGCGUACUUCAAUGACUCGCAGAGGCAGGCCACCAAAGAUUCGGGUACGAUCUCUGGCCUGAACGUUCUCCGUAUCAUCAAUGAACCGACUGCUGCCGCGAUUGCGUACGGUCUUGACAAGAAGGGAAGCGGAGAACGCAACGUACUUAUUUUCGACCUCGGCGGCGGCACCUUCGACGUGUCGAUCCUGACCAUCGAGGACGGCAUCUUCGAGGUGAAGUCGACCGCCGGCGACACCCACUUGGGCGGCGAGGACUUCGACAACCGCAUGGUGAACCACUUCGUGCAGGAGUUCAAGCGGAAGUACAAGAAGGACCUAACCACCAACAAGAGGGCGCUGCGUCGGCUACGGACGGCGUGCGAGCGCGCGAAGAGGACGCUCUCCUCCUCGACCCAGGCGAGCAUCGAGAUCGACUCCCUGUUCGAGGGCAUUGACUUCUACACGUCGAUCACGCGCGCGCGUUUCGAGGAGCUGAACGCGGACCUGUUCCGCUCCACCAUGGAGCCGGUGGAGAAGUCUCUGCGCGACGCCAAGAUGGACAAGUCGCAGAUCCACGACAUCGUGCUGGUGGGCGGCUCCACUCGCAUCCCCAAGGUGCAGAAGCUGCUGCAGGACUUCUUCAACGGCAAGGAGCUGAACAAGUCGAUCAACCCCGACGAGGCGGUGGCGUACGGCGCCGCCGUCCAGGCCGCCAUCCUGCACGGCGACAAGUCCGAGGAGGUGCAGGACCUGCUGCUGUUGGACGUGACGCCGCUCUCGCUCGGCAUCGAGACCGCCGGCGGUGUGAUGACCACGCUGAUCAAGCGCAACACCACCAUCCCCACGAAGCAGACGCAGACGUUCACCACGUACUCGGACAACCAGCCGGGCGUGCUGAUCCAGGUGUUCGAGGGCGAGCGCGCCAUGACGAAGGACAACAACCUGCUCGGCAAGUUCGAGCUGACCGGCAUCCCGCCCGCGCCGCGCGGCGUGCCGCAGAUCGAGGUGACGUUCGACAUCGACGCCAACGGCAUCCUGAACGUGUCCGCCGUCGAGAAGUCCACCAACAAGGAGAACAAGAUCACCAUCACCAACGACAAGGGCCGCCUCUCCAAGGAGGAGAUCGAGCGCAUGGUCAACGAGGCGGAGAAGUACCGCAACGAGGACGAGAAGCAGAAGGAGACGAUCCAGGCGAAGAACGCGCUCGAGUCGUACUGCUUCAACAUGAAGUCCACCAUGGAGGAGGAGAAGCUGAAGGACAAGAUUUCUGAGACGGACAAGCAGACGAUCCUGGACAAGUGCUACGAGACGAUCAAGUGGCUCGACUCGAACCAGCUCGCCGAGAAGGAGGAGUACGAGCACAAGCAGAAGGAUUUGGAGGCGAUCUGCAACCCCAUCAUCACGAAGCUGUACCAGAGCGCGGGCGGAGCGCCCGGCGGGAUGCCCGGAGGCAUGCCGGGUGGGAUGCCCGGCUUCCCGGGCGGAGCCCCGGGCGCCGGCGCGGCCCCCGGCGGCGGCGCGGGCCCCACCAUCGAAGAGGUCGAC